AUUUCGAGACAUUUGAGCAACCCGGAGGUAUUAGUAUGUGACACAGACCCGAGGAGCCAUGUGGAAGAAGUCGCGUUAAGUUCGUGGUUGAAAGUUCGGCAUAAUCACGGUCAUAAUGGACGUGUUUUUUCCUUUUAGAAUUAGAACAGUGUAGCAGCUAUUUAUGUUACGUUGUUGACUAAAUUUACCUGCGGUACAUCUCGCUGAAUAAUGGGGAAAUCAAAGACCAAGAACCAGAAGAAAUCCCGAGCUACAGCCAACCAUGUGGCCGAGGAGACUUUCGGAGCUAUCCCCCACUCCUUCGUGUUUCAUCGAGGUCAGAUUGGGAAAAACGUGGGUCAGCUCAUCCUCGACGUGCGGAGAGUCAUGGAGCCGUACACUGCAGAGUCUCUGAAGGUCAGGAAAAAGAACGUCCUGAAAGACUUUGUGGCUAUUGCAGGACCACUGGGAGUGACCCACUUCAUGAUCUUCAGAAAAACCUCUGGCUUUAUCAACAUGAGACUUGCACGACUACCCAAAGGUCCCAUGCUUCAUUUCAGAGUGCUCAAGUACGCUCUGGUCAAAGAUGUGGUUUCAUCUCUGAAGAAGCACAGGAUGCACGAGGAGCAGUUUACACAUCAUCCACUGCUCAUCCUAAAUAACUUUGGCUCUGAUGGCAUGCAUGUUAAACUCAUGGCCACAAUGUUUCAGAACAUGUUUCCUUCCAUUAAUGUGCACAAGGUAAGCCUCAACAAUAUCAAGAGGUGUGUGCUGCUGAAUUACAACCCAGAGACCCAGGAAAUUGAAUUUCGUCAUUACAGCCUGAAGGUGGUCCCUGUGGGCAUGAGCCGCGGAGUCAAGAAGCUGAUGCAGGAGAAGUUCCCCAACAUGAGCAAGUUUGAGGAUAUCAGCGAGCUGAUGAUGAAGGGGGCAAACCUUUCAGAAAGUGAAGCUGAGCAAGAUGGGGAGCACAACAUAACUGAACUACCACAGGUCUACUCUGGCCGAGGCAACAUGGCGUCCCAGCAGAGUGCUGUCCGUUUGACCGAGAUUGGUCCGCGCAUGACUCUGCAGCUGAUUAAGAUACAAGAAGGCAUGGGAGAAGGGAACGUCCUUUAUCACACCAUGAUCUCCAAGACAGAGGAAGAAAUACAGGAGAUCCUGAUCAGGAAGGAGGCCCAGCUAAAAGAGAAGGAGGGUCGCCGUAAAAAGCAGGAGCAGGAUGUUGCUCAGAAGAAAGAGAAACGAGAAGAGAACAAAAAAAAGAGCCUGGAAGGCAUUAAGAGGAAACACGCUGAAGCAGAAGAGGACAGCGAAGUGGAGGAUCCUGGGAUGCAGGAUGGCCAGACAGCUGCUGUUGAGUCCGAUGAUGAGGUGGAGUACUACAGACAGGCUGUCGGCCAGGAGCCAGAUGAAGACAUGUUCCCCAGUACCAAGAAGAGGCAGUCCUCAGAGAGGACUCAUGGACCUGCGAAGAAGAGAAAGUUGUCCACCGGUAAACCAUUUAGAAAGGACAGAGAUGCCAAAUCACCCAGGAGAAAUGGUCCAGGAGGCCAUCACAAAGACAAAUCAGGAAAAGGAUGGAACAAUUCUGGGGACGGGGAGAAACCAUUUGGAAGGAAAAUGAAGCCUGGAGGAGGAAAGGCCUUUGGAGCAAAGAAACCCGGCGAUAGGGAGAAGAAAUUUGGUGGGAAGAAAUUUGAAGGGAACAAAACAUUCGGUGGAAAGAAAAAUAAGGACAAAUCUUUCAAGUCUAAAGGUCCGAAAGGCAAGCCAUCCUUCAAGAAAGGUCCCGGAGCAAAGCAAGGCUUUAAACAGAGGAAGGGAAAAGAACGAUUUCAAAUAUUGGACAGUACAAACUGUGAAAGCGGCUUGACAACAAAACAACCUUCAGCUGAAACCAAAAUGAAGCUAAAUUUCACUCACUGUGAGAAGUUUCAAUUGGCCCUGCUGCCCUCAAUGUAUGGGCUUGAGUUCAUCGUGGCCGUGGCAGGAAACCUGUUUGCCCUGUGGCUCCUGAUGGUCAGAGAGAGAAGGAACUGGCACACGGGGGUUGUCCUGUCUUGUAACCUGGCAAUCAGUGACCUGCUAUAUGUACUCACCCUGCCUUUGUUGAUUGUCUACUACUCACUGGAGAAACACUGGGUGUUUGGUGACGCGUUGUGUAAAAUCGAGAGGUUUCUUUUCACCUGCAACCUGUAUGUGAGCAUCUGCUUCAUCAUGGCGAUAAGUGUGAACCGAUGUGUGGCUCUUGCAUGUCCCUUCUUCACCAGGUCCUAUGUAGAGCCUGCCCACUUCAAAGUCAUCAGUGUCAUCAUCUGGAUCGUUGUAGGAAUCAUUUCCUGCCCUGUGUUAAAAUUUGCCUCAGUCUGCCCUAGUAAGGACAAUCCCAACAACACUCAGUGUGUGGCCUUCUGUACAAGUCUUGGGGAUGAAAGGCCUCACUUCACUUACAAAAUGUUUCUUGCUGUGUUUGGGUGUUUGGUUCCCUUCCUUGUUACUUUUGGUUCUUACUGUGGGGUGCUUUCGGUGGUGUGGAAAAAUGUCAGUAUAACCACACUGGAGAAACGCAAGGUAGCUCUGUUGGUCACCUCAGUGAUCGUGCUUUAUGCCAUUUCCUUUGUGCCUUACCACGUCUUCCAGAUCUAUCACUUGUAUCAGAGAAUCAAUAAUCCUUACAGCUGUAAUUGUUGGGUCUAUGACAUGUACCAGGUGUCCAAGGGACUGGCAACUCUGAACAUGUGUAUUCAUCCAAUCCUUUACAUGGCUUUGUUUGACAGUAUAAGAGUAGCUUGCUGCGGGAAGAGCCCCGAAGACAACAAUGGGGUGGUGAUGAAGUAUAGCAGAGCUGCUGCUUGACAGCUUUUCUGUGAAAUUCAUCAUUAUUUAAUGCUGUAAAACCUGCUCUAAUUUCUUGACUUGUUUUUUUUUUUUAUCGAUGAACUGUUCUAACUUU